UCAGAACACCCUGACCAAAGGAGGGUACUGUGUAAUUAGCAACUUUUGUUGCUGCGGUAGAACAGAUUUUGGACUGGCAAGAGCAAAAGCCUAGGAACCAUUGAGGGUGUCACAAGUCCCAGACAAAGGGGUAAUGGCAGUUAAAAGGAAGAGAUUUGUUUGGACUUUGAGGUGUAUUAUAUAGGUAGGAUUUUUAGAACUUGGUAAUAGUGUGGAGGUGGUGGUCUCAUGACAUCCCCAUGUAGAGUGGGCCACGGUGCCAUGUUAUCUAGAAUAUUAGGUGAAGCGGGUAUGCUGAACCUGUACUGGUAGAUUGGGCUCAGGUCCACAGUCUGAAUGGAUCUUCUCGUAAUAAACUGUGAAGAAGACGUGAGUGGAAGAGACCUGAGCACAACUACCCCUGGCAGUCCUGUUGUGAUUGGCUAAGCUAUGUUCAGGCUGCAAGUAAUGAGAACGUUACCUGAUUCUGCCCUGCUGGUGUCCCCGGACACCUUCUCUGUAUUUGUUAACAGGGGUGAGAUGGCCUCCAUCCUGAGAAGCCCUCAGGCUCUCCAGCUCACGUUAGCCCUGAUCAAGCCUGAUGCUGUUGCCCACCCGCUGAUUCUGGAGGCUGUACAUCAGCAGAUUCUGAGCAACAAGUUCCUCAUUGUGCGGAAGCGAGAACUACAGUGGAGAAAGGAAGACUGCCGCAGGUUCUACCGAGAGCACGAAGGGCGUUUUUUCUAUCAGCGGCUGGUGGAGUUCAUGUCCAGUGGGCCAAUCCGAGCCUACAUCCUUGCCCACAAAGAUGCCAUCCAGCUUUGGAGGACACUGAUGGGCCCCACCAGAGUAUUUCGAGCACGCCACAUGGCCCCAGAUUCAAUUCGUGGGAGUUUGGGACUCACUGACACCCGAAACACUACCCAUGGCUCAGACUCUGUGGUUUCCGCCAGCAGAGAGAUCGCAGCUUUCUUCCCUGACUUCAGUGAACAGCGCUGGUAUGAAGAGGAGGAGCCCCAGAUGCGCUGUGGUCCUGUUCGGUACAGUCCAGAGGAAGGGAUCCUGUGCACUGGAACGGGAGGCUUGGAACCAGCCUAGUAAAGUCCUGUCAGUCCCUGAGGGGAAUCAUGGGCUGUUGGACCCCAUCACCUGUCCAAAGACCUAGCAUAUCAUUGCUCAGCUGCUGCAAUCUAGUUCUCGCUACCUCUUCUAUGGAACAUUCUUGGGUAUUUGGGAAGGUUGGGGACUCCUCUUUUGUGUGUAUGCGGGGGUUACUGAAACAGGUUUCUCUGUAUAACAGCUCUCUAUGGCCAUCCCAGAACUUUUCUUGUGAUCAGGCUGACCUCAAACUCACAGAGAUCCUCCUGCCUCUGGCUCCUAAAUGCUGGGAUUAAAGGUUGUACACCACCA